AGCGGGCGGAGCGGAAGAAACGGUCUUUUUCGCUGUGCGUCCGGAGGCUUGACGUCGUCUCUCUGGCCCGAACGGGUAUGGGCACAACAACAACAGGGGCCCGGGUGCCGUCACCGAGACAGCUGAGGGGCAGGCGCGGAGGAAGCCCCCGAAAGAGGGAGCCCCCCGAAGGAAGAAGCCCACGAAGGAGGCGUGCGGAUCGAGUGACGGGGCUCUGUGUGACACGUCUGAAUUCUAUAUAUAUACGCAUCUAUUAUAUUAUAUAUACGGGGGCGUCCGCCGGAAGGCCCUCUCUGCGGGUGGGCUCGAGUUAGGGCUGUUUUUGUUUGGUUGUGUGGUUCUACAUCGUACACACCCCCUCGUUAGUGCAGACAGAGAUGAUGGUGAAACAGCUAAUCCCCGCAGCAGUGAUGCUGGCCUCGGCGGCCAGCGCAUGGUCGCCCACGGACUCGUAUGCGCCCGGAAUCGUGGAGUGCCCAGACUACCUGGACGACAAGGACGCGGACAACAGGGUCGGAUUUCUCCGACAGGCAGACGGUAUCAGCGACGAGGAGCACGAGUGGAUGCAGGCGAGAGACAACGUGACGUUCGACAACCUGAAGCUGUUCUUGAGCAGCGUGAACCUCACGGACCUGGACACGGACGACUUCCUGGACAAGGUGCGCAAGAACUCGUCGGCAAGAGCCCCCCGGAUCGGGCUGAGCUUCUCCGGCGGAGGGUACCGGGCAAUGCUGUGUGCCGCUGGGGAGAUCGCCGGACUGGACAACAGGACGGUGGGCGCCUCGUCGCACGGGCUGCCGCUCUUGGGCGCCACGUCGUACGUGUCGGGCCUCUCGGGCGGCUCGUGGUUCCUCUCGUCGCUAGUGUUCAACAACUGGACGUCCGUGCAGGACAUCAUCGACCAGAACGGCCAGGACAACGCGAUCUGGGACUUGGAGCACAAGAUGCUCGACCCGUACGGCAUCAACAUCGUCAAGGACGCCAAGUACUGGGACCACAUCAAGGACGCCGUCGACGCCAAGCGGGACGCAGGCUUCAACGUGUCCAUGACCGACCCUUGGGGGAGAGGCUUGUCCCACCAGUUCUUCCCCGGCCUCGACGACUUCGGCGAGAGCAUGACUUUCACCAGCUUGAGAGACUGGGAGGUCUUCACCAACCACUCCAUGCCCUUCCCGAUCAUCGUCUCCGACGGUAGAACCCCGGGCCGCAAGAUCAUCAACUCGAACUCCACCGUCUUCGAGUUCAACCCGUACGAGUUGGGCUCCUGGGACCCCUAUGUCGACUCCUUUGCUGACUUAAAGUACGUCGGCACCCCUAUGGACGGCGGGAAGCCCUCCGGCAACGGCUCCUGCUGGGCCGGCCUGGACAACACCGGGUUCGUCUUUGGAACCUCCUCCACUCUUUUCAACCAGUUCCUGCUACAGUUGAACACCACCUCCUUGUCGGGCUUGGCCUACUCCGCAGCUAAGUCCUUCUUGACCGACUUGGACAACGACAACAACGACAUCGCUCCCUGGACCCCAAACCCAUUCUAUAACUCCCCUUACGGGUCCUCCAAGUCCAUCAAGUCGGCCGACACCCUAUACCUCGUUGACGGUGGUGAAGACCAGCAGAAUAUUCCAUUGUAUCCUCUCUUGUCCGACGACAGAGAAGUUGAUGUCAUCUUUGCCUACGACAACUCCGCAGACACCAACCAGAACUGGCCAAGUGGCUCCUCACUCGUCUACACUUACGAAAGACAGUUCUCCAACGCUUCGGCGAACUUCUCUUUCCCAUACGUCCCAGGCGUCGACACCUUCUUGCACAACAACUUGACCGCACGUCCAACCUUCUUUGGUUGUUACGCUUCCAACCUUACGAGCUUGAUGAAGGAAGUCAACACGACUUACGUCCCACCUUUGGUCGUCUAUACUGCCAACCGUCCUUGGACUUUUGAGUCCAAUACUUCUACGUUCAAGCUGAAGUAUGACGACGAUGACAAGUUGAGUAUGAUCCAGAACGGUUUCGCCGUCUCCACCUACAACAACUUGACCAUCGACGAAGAUUUCCCUAAGUGUGUUGCAUGCGCCAUUUUGCAGAGAUCAAAGGAAAGAAUGGGUGUCGAAAUGGGUGCCGAAUGUAAGAAGUGUUUCAGCGACUACUGUUGGGACGGCUCUACUUACACCUACGAUAACGACUCUUUACCUAACGAUUUCACCAAGACCGGUAGAUUCAACAACACCAUUGACGAGCCAAACAGCAGUGAAAUUUUGAAGAUGAGCGGUUCCGACGCCCCAGCUUCUGCAACCGCAGAUGUAAUUGUCUCCUCUACUGACGACAGCGGCAAGAUAGCUGCUUCAACUUUGAGCGCCAGCAGUGUUUCAUCCUCCUCAGUCUCUUCCAUUGCUUCAUCUUCUCAUUCAAAUGGUGCUGCUGCAGCUUUCAACGUUGGCACAUCUUCAAAUUGGGUCAGCAUGGUCACUUUGGUAAUGAGUUGGCUAGCCCUUGUCUAGAAACCCACUUAUAUGUUCUUUUUCGUAUUUAUUGUGUUUUUUCACAAACUCCAGCAUUAUCUGUUUACAUCGUUUGUUACAAUAUCUUUAUACUUUAUUUAUUGAAUGUUUAUAUCUACCCUGUUAUUCUACAUAUUUAUUUCUGUCGUUACAGGUCCAGCUCUUCAUGAAUAGAAC